AGAGGAGUAUGACUGCUCAACGAAGACGAAUUUCACGAUGCGAGCGAUGCUUUUGUGGACCAUAAGUGACUUUCCUGCCUAUGGGAUGUUGUCGGGAUGGACUACACAUGGGAGAUUAGCUUGUCCAUAUUGUAAUGGAGCGACAGAUGCGUUUCAACUGAAGAAUGGGAGGAAGACAAGUUGGUUCGAUUGUCAUCGUAGAUUUCUUCCCAUUGGCCAUCCGUACCGAAGAAACAAGACAUUGUUUAGGCACAAAAGGGUUGUGAGAGACACUCCUCCUCCAUAUUUAACUGGAGAAGAAACUGAAAAGCAACUCGAUUACUAUGGAGUUUUGGAAACAGUUCCUCGUGGUGGUAAUUGGCAUGUUCCCCCUAAUAUGCCUGAUUCUUACGGUGUUCAUCACAACUGGCACAAGAAGAGUAUAUUUUGGGAGUUGCCAUAUUGGAAGGAUCUUCUUCUGCGCCACAACCUCGAUGUGAUGCAUAUAGAGAAGAAUUUCUUUGAGAACAUCAUGAAUACAAUAUUGAAUGUCCCGGGGAAGACAAAAGACAACAUAAAAUCAAGGUUAGACUUGCCGGAUAUUUGCUCAAGAAGCGAGUUACAUAUAAACAGCAAUGGGCAAGUUCAUGUUCCGAUAUUCAGAUUGUCUUCAGAAAAAAAGUCGGUGUUGUUCAACUGGGUAGCAUCAGAAGUGAAAUUCCCCGAUGGGUAUGUUUCAAAUCUGUCUAGAUGCGUUGAAAAGGGUCAAAAGUUCUCUGGGAUGAAGAGUCAUGACUGUCAUGUCUUUAUGCAACGACUACUUCCCUUUGCUUUUGCGGAGCUACUUCCUACAAACGUACAUGAAGCACUUGCAGGCAUUGGAGCAUUUUUCAGGGAUCUGAGCACCCGCACCCUUAAAGUAGAAGUCGUGGAACAGCUUCAAGAGAACAUUCCCAUCUUAUUGUGCAACUUGGAGAAGAUAUUUCCUCCUGGGUUUUUUGACGUAAUGGAGCAUCUAGCUGUCCACCUUCCAUAUGAGGCAUUGCUUCGUGGACCUGUACAUUACGGAUGGAUGUAUCAGUAUGAGCGAGCCAUGAAAUAUUUGAAGGGAAAAGCAAAGAACCUUGCAAAGGUUGAAGGUUCUAUAAUUGCUGGAAGUUUGACGGAAGAAACUUCUCACUUCACAUCGUACUACUUUGCGUCAAAAGUACGUACUCGGAAAAGAGCUCCAAGGAGAUAUGAUGAUGGUGGUGUCGCGCCAACAUACGCAGUUGCUGGUGUUCCAGACAUCUUUAGCCAGACUGGGCGACUGGGUGGAAAAUCAAAAGAGGUUUGGUGGUCGAGUGAAGAAGACGCUCAUAGUUCACACACCUAUAUUCUACUUAAUUGUGAGGAUCCAUUGAUUCGUUAUUUUGAAAGCCUAUUUGUUUCACAAGUCGAAGAAACAUUCCCUGGUAUAUCCACAACUGACGUAGACAAAAGGAAAGAUCAACACUUUAUAAAAUGGUUGAAGAGUCAGGUUGAUUUUGACGACGAUGCAGAUUAUCCUAAGUGGUUACAUGAAGUAAUUCAAUCUCCACAUGUAAAGGUCACCACUUCACAGAUGUAUUUCACACGAGGCUAUACUUUUCACACAUAUGAGUAUGGUAGACAGCGGGCAACCAGUAACUAUGGAAUAUGUGUGAAAGGGGAAACCGAUUUCUACGGUAUCUUGACAGAGAUUAUCGAAGUGGAAUUUCCAGGGAUAUUGAAGCUGAAAUGCGUCCUCUUCAAAUGUGAGUGGUUCGACCCCGUCGUCAACAGAGGUGUUCGGUUUAACAAAUUCGGUGUAGUUGAUGUCAAUGGUGGAAGAAGGUACAACAAAUUCGAGCCUUUCAUCUUAGCUUCACAAGCAGAUCAAGUUAGCUACCUUCCAUACCCUCGGAUGAGAGAAUCGGGAAUAAAUUGGUUAUCCGUGAUCAAAGUUACACCUCGAGGACGAAUCAUAAGUGGAGAAGAACCACCAUUGCAAGAAGAACAGAUAAAUGAAGUCGAGGAACCUGAACAACAAAUUGAUGACAUUCUUCUCAUUGAUCCGCAUAAUCAUGAGUAUGAAGAUCUUACCGACGAUGGCACAGAUGAAGCUGUUGAAGACGAGUUUAAUGAAAAUGAUGAUGUUUCUAGUGAUGACGAAAAUGUAUCUGAUUGAUGUAUUUGUGUUUUAAUAUGAUUGAUUUUCAGACUUAA